AUGAACAACUAUACCUAUGCAAACCCUCCAUACGAAGCCGAAUACGGGCGCAGGUUCAACUUGGAUGUUUUGCCACAUCACCCCGUCGACUGGAGGUUCUUGAAAACCAAAAAGCUCGCGCAUUUUGGACGGGCACACAAGGCAGAUUACAAGCGCUGGUAUGAUUACUACUUCUGGGGUUUUGAUAUUAAUCUUGGGUUUGCAAGGGUAGCGGAAUAUGAUUUCGCUAUUCAAAAGCUCAUGUACUACACGGCGGAGCAUCACCGGCCCGAGUCUUUCCAAGAGUUUGAUGCCUGCACGCGGGAUGCUGGCCCCCGACUGCUCGACUUUACAAGAAUCCCAAUAGACCAGAACACGAGACUAUGGUACUUGCCUAUUAGUCGAAACUUUCCUGAUCUUCCAUCCGGGUUUCAUCGUACUGGUGAUGAGUUUUUACGACCCGCGCAGGCACCAAAACUGUGGACCGACUUAUACGUGGAGCAGGCACUUUAUCCGUCCGAUCCCAAGUUCCAUGUGCAUACCGCUGUCAAGAACUACUUUGCAUAUGCUGCAAAGUUAGCUGGAGAAAGUGAUCUGCCUGGAUGGGAACGAGAUCAGGUGCGAGAAGCCGUUCAAAGGGCAAUGAUCAAAAUCGCAUACUCGGGACUGGAGCGGCACCCAAGUGCUGCCUCGCGUGACCCACCUCGGCGUAUUCUUGCCUCGUCCCCCGAGGAUCUGUUGCAGACCGUGAUUCGGCCAAUCUCUGCAAUCUCCGAGGCGCGGGUCUCCGAAGAUGACGAUGGCAGGCUGUCUCUUGACCGUAGCGGCCAGCUCUGUGCCGUGAAAGGGCGUGGCCCGAUCUACAGCGAAGACUCUGAUGUUAUGGACUGUGUUAUUACAGUAGGGAAGCUGCUAGAUGCUGGGUCUACGAAUCUCGACCGUAAAGACCCUAUCUGGUAUACCCAAACAAGCCAGCUGCAGCGAGCUUUCGUAGAGCUCUGCGAUGUCAACUGGGACAUGUGCACGGAAGGUACUGGCGCUGACUUGAAAGAGCAAUUUCGAAAUAUGAUACUAGCCGAGAUGGGUAACUUCGAAGGCGACAACCCCGCAGCCAUCCGCCCCAUCUGGGAUGCUGUUUCGAAAGGCCUCGGCCAGUUCAUGAUCAACUACGCCGAUCAUGCCUGUAGUUGUGACUGUAUAAAGAAUCUUGUGCGUGAGGGGGCAGGUUGUCACAACUCCGUACCACUCCUUGAGGAUGCAAGGGAUUGGGAGGGCGUAACGAUGCAGGAACUAUUUGACCGCACUUUUGAUGCUGUUCGGACCGAGCCUUGCGAGAAAUGCUUUAAGGAAGAUGCCGUUCGUCUCCAGAGGAGCUUUCUGAAACUCCCUCCUCGUCUAGUUGUCACAGUGCCUCUGGGGGUCAUGAUUCUAGGGCACACAGAGGACGUUACUGUCAAAUAUCGACGGGCAGGAGCUGUUUCCCAGGAUGAAUCGGCCGUUUAUCGCUGGCUCGGGGGCAUUUACCAUGACGGGGGUUCAUGCCGUGUUUUCUGGGACUUUGCAAAGCCUGGGGAAGCUUCCACUUAUCAAGUUGGCAUGUAUGAAAGCUCGAACUACGGACUGAUUGUUGAGGGGAGUCUAGGAAGGGAACAUGAUGGGUGCAAAGUGCCCCCGAAAUGGUGGUGCAAGGGAGAUAUACCACUGCUGUUCUAUGAACGUGUUAUGAAUCCGUCCUCGGAUGUCUUGGCUGAGGCCGUGCAUACCGUCUCCAAUAUGUGGUUGGAAGAAGGCAGGGGCGUUCUAACACUUCAAAAUCAUAAGCCGUGGGCUACCACCAGCGACUUGCCGCAGUCCGCGCGCGACUACCCCUGGAUGCGUGAUGAAAUAGUGAAGCCUCCGGAUGCUCAACACUUCCAACUCGCCCCCGACGGCUACAUUCCACCAGAAAUGGAAGAGUCCAGCUCUGAGGGUAUUCAAAGCCCCGAGACCAAGCGCUCGGCCCCCAAGAGACCACAUCCACCUGCACAUGCUGAGGACAAGGAGUCAUCCAAAAAGACGAAACAAGAUCAACCAGCUCCAGAUUCACACGCAGCUGCACCUGGGGAAGCAGCUGAGGCCACUGAUAGAGGGAGGAUGCCACCUUCAAGUCCUCAAUUCAUCCGAUACCCAUUACGCAGGUACAGUUCAAGAAUGGAUAUAUGUGUGAGUGAUCGGGCUAGGACACGCUCGGUCUCAUCACACAGGCAGGGUGGCCGUUUAAGCACAAUUACUGAAGAAAGGCUUGCUGGGAGAACAUCAGGUUUGGGAGCCAGCGGACCAACAGAGCCGAAACCAGAGGCCCAGAAGCCUACCCCUGCAGAUAACAGCGUGCCGCCAAAGCCUACGUUUCCUGUUUAUCAGAACAGGUCUGUCCAAAUGGAAGCAGGUUUGGAGCGCGAUGAUCGCAGGCAAGAAACCAAGGAUAGUCGAGAACAUACCGCCCAGAAUGCAGCCAGGCCAUCAAGGCCCAAUCUCGCAGCUAUGAUCAAGGGAGGUCUAUCCGCCGACGACCCGCGGGAGAAGCAUACCGCCCAUGAUGCACUCGGGCCACCGAAAUAUGACCUCGCUGCUAUGAUCAAGGGAGGUCUAUCCGCCGACGAAUCGCGGGAGAAGCGUACCGCUCCUGAUGCAGCCGGGCCACCAAAACACGACAUUGCUACUAUGAUCAAGGGAGGUCUAUCCGCCGACAAACGGCGUGAGAAGGGCAACGUCCAUGAUAUAGCCGGGCCACCAAAACAUGACCUCGCUGCUAUGAUCAAUGGAGGCCUAUCUGCGGAUGGGCCGACGGGGAGCGAACUGGAGACCGCAAAGCGUCACGCCGAGAAGGAAGAAAGGCAACGUCGCAAGGAAAGGCAACGUGAGAGGGAGGACAGUUCCGAGGAUAAACAUCGUGAGAUGGAGAGCGAACUGGAGGCCGCAGAGCGUCACGCCGAGAAGGAAAGGCGACGCCGGAAGGGAAGGCAACGUGAGAAGGAAAGCAGCUCCAAGAAUAGGCAUCGUGAGAAGGAGGACAGCUCCAGGGAUAGGUAUCGUGGGAGGGACAGCGGCUCCAGGGAGAAGCUUAAGAGGGAACGCAGGGGAAGGGAGAAGACUAAGGAGGAUAGAGGGCGGGGGUCUCGCGAAUAG